ACCAAGCCACCCUGGUAGAGCAAGUGAAACGCGUAAAAGAAAUUGAAGCUAUUGAAAGUGACUCCUUUGUUCCACAGACAUUCAGAUCAAGUAAAGAAGUCAAAAAGUCAACAGAGCCUCCUGAACUACAGUGCGAACCUGUAACUGUCGGAGCAGGAACUGCUGAUGUAUCUGCUCCUGAAAAAGAACCACCAGCUGCCAAUAUCCCCACUGCCAUCAAAUAUCAAGAUGAUAAUUCUUUAGCACAUCCAAAUCUGUUUAUCGAGAAGGCAGAAGCAGAGGAGAAGUGGUUUCAGAGGCUGAUUGCUCUUCGGCAGGAGAGGCUGAUGGGCAGUCCAGUGGCCUGAGCAAACUGCUGUGACCAUCACAUACCAGUUCUCCAUGAAUGCUAAGAAAUCCUACCAUUAAAUUGGUUUCUUUUUUCUCUUUUGAGAGGGAUUUUAAUGCUCGGUAUGAGUUGUACAGAAUAGAUAUUUCAUCUGAAUA